AUCGCGGCGCUCAGGUUCCGGCUCGGGGAGGUUCUGGCGAGGGCGGGCCGGGGCCGGCGGCGCCGGGCUGGAGGGUGCCUCCGGCCGGGACUGGGAGCCUCGGGCCCCGCUCCCGCCGACGCCUGCCCCUGCGCGGGCUCGGCGCCUUCCCAGGCGGGCGUGACGGGUCUCGGCGCCGAGGCUCCCCGGGGGCCUGGCGAUGGCGUCGGGCCCGGGCUCCCAGGACCGGGAAGGGCUCCUGAUCGUGAAGCUGGAGGAGGACUGCGCCUGGAGCCAGGAGCUGCCCCCGCCGGACCCUGGGCCCAGCCCCGAGGCCUCCCACCUGCGCUUCAGACGAUUCCGCUUCCAAGAGGCUGCGGGGCCCCGGGAAGCCCUGAGCCGGCUCCAGGAGCUUUGUCAUGGUUGGCUGCGGCCCGAGCUGCGCACCAAGGAGCAGAUCCUGGAGCUGCUGGUGCUGGAGCAGUUCCUGACCAUCCUGCCCCAGGAGAUCCAGAGCAGGGUGCAGGAGCUGCGCCCGGAGAGCGGAGAGGAAGCGGUGACCCUGGUGGAGGACAUGCAGCGAGAGCUGGGGAGACUGAGGCAGCAGGUCACAGACCGCGGGCGGGGAGCACACGUGCUUUUGGAGGACCCUUUGCCUCUGGGAUCAGCACGCGAGUCAGCGAGCUUCAAGCUGGAGCCGGUGGAGACUGAGCGGAGCCUGGGCCCCGGGCCGCAGGAGCUGCUAGGCCCCAGCCCCCUCAGGGCCCCCCAGGCUGUGAAGGACAGGGCAUUACCUGCUCCCUGGCUUUCUCUCUUUCCUCCUGAAGGGAACGUGGAAGACAAGGAGGUGACUGGGCCCCAGUUGCCCGAGAGCUUGGAGGACGUGGCUAUGUACAUCUCCCAGGAGUGGGGCCACCGGGACCCCAGUAAGAGGACGUUCUCCAGGGACCCGGUGCAGGAGAGUUUUGAGAAUAUGGACACACUGGAGUCUCAGGCUCCCAAUCAGGAGGCCCUCGGCACCCAGGUAGAACAAGGAGAAACCUGGGAACCCAGUGCUCACACUUGCAAGGAGGGCGUGAGCCCCAGAAGCCCAGCGCCAGGGGAACAGAAAUUCGAAAACCAGGAAGAAAGUGCUCAGUCUAUUUCUGCUGAGAGCGUCCAGCAUCAGGUUCUGCUCUCUGGUCCUGCCAGAGGGGAGGUGCCCUGGAGUCCGGAGCAGGGAAGGCCUCGGGAGAGGGCAGGUGGACACUGGGACCCGCCUCCAGAGGGUCGGGCUGAGCAGGCCGUCGUGGAGUCUGCAGGCUGUAGAGAACUGGGGCGGCCAGAGGAACUGCGGCCGAGGAAGCUCCACCUGUGUCCCUUGUGUGGCAAAAAUUUCUCAAAUAACUCAAACCUUAUCAGACACCAGAGAAUACACGCGGCAGAACGGCUGUGUGUAGGUGUGGAGUGCAGUGAGAUCUUCGGCGGGAACCCACACUUUCCCUCGCUGCACAGAGCACACUUGGGGGAGGAGGCCCACAAGUGCCUUGAGUGUGGAAAAAGCUUCAGCCAGAACACACACCUGACUCGCCACCAGCGUACCCACACGGGCGAGAAGCCCUAUCAGUGUAACGUGUGUGGGAAAAGCUUUUCUUGCAACUCCAACCUCCACAGGCACCAGAGAACACACACAGGCGAGAAGCCCUAUAAGUGCCCGGAGUGUGGCGAGAUAUUUGCUCAUAGUUCCAACCUCCUCAGGCACCAGAGAAUCCACACAGGGGAGAGACCCUACAAGUGUGCCGAGUGUGGGAAAAGUUUCUCUCGCAGCUCGCACCUCGUCAUACACGAGAGAACUCACGAGAAGGAGAGACUCUACCCCUUCCCUGAGUGUAGGGAGGCAGUGAGCGACAGUGCCCCUUUCCUCACACGCCGUGGCCCUCACAAGGCAGAGAAGAAGCUCUUUGAAUGCUUGACUUGUGGGAAAAGCUUCCGGCAGGGAAUGCACCUCACCAGACAUCAGAGAACGCACACUGGAGAGAAACCCUAUAAAUGCACCCUUUGUGGGGAGAAUUUCUCUCAUAGGUCCAACUUAAUCAGGCAUCAGAGAAUUCACACAGGCGAGAAGCCCUAUACCUGUCACGAGUGUGGAGACAGUUUCUCUCACAGCUCCAAUCGGAUUCGUCACCUAAGAACCCACACAGGAGAGAGGCCCUAUAAAUGUGCUCAGUGUGGAGAAAGCUUUUCUCGGAGCUCACGCCUUAUGAGUCACCAGAGAACUCACACUGGAUAAAACACUGGGGUUUCUCUGUGACCUAGAGAAGGUGGCUGCCCAGAGUGCCCUGUUAAGAGCAAGUGACCAAAUGACCUUUGUGUCUUUAAGGUCGUGGCUAUAAAGGGGAAAUGGAGUCAUUUUGAGGGAGGUGUAGAGGCAGCAAAGGAACCGCCUCAGACUAAAGAGGAAUUCUGGCAGAACUGAGGCGGCAAUUCUGGCAAGUUGCUGAGGUGACCUGCUUAGGCAGGACGCUCAUGAGUCCGCUCGUGCCAGGGCUCACACCCACCCUCCUGCACUGAGCCCAGUCGCGGCCUGGGUGCUUGCUGUGCCCAUUCCAGCCGGCAGCCUUGGGAAUCCUGUGAUCUCGCACUGCUGCUUCCUCACUUGGGACAUGGAGCAGGAACAGGAGGGCCUUGGAGCCCCUGGCACCAGAAGAGGGGCAGUCUCUGGGGAACAGCUGCAGGCUGGCGGUGAGUGGCCGCCCUCCCCACACUGCCGGGCAGCCCUCAGCACCCUCACUGGCCUGAAGGAGGGCUGACUGGAGGCCAGGUGUGAGUGGCACCUCAGACUGGGGCCCAGAGACCUAAGGAAUAGAGUAGUAAGGUGAAAUUUCCAGGAAUUGGCAGAGGGAAGAAGAGCCUGAAUAAUUCUGUCUUUUGCAGAGGCCAAGACUUCCCCCACCACCACUAUCAGAGAAAGAUAAGCCCAGUCUUUGAGUCUCCCGAAGGGGCUCCGUGAAAGAUGUGCUCCCGGGGGACUUGGACAUGUGGGGCCUGGGGAGAUUGGGGUUGGGGCCUUCCCUGUGGAAGUCUGUCUGGGUAAUAAAUACCUGCAGGAGAAAGUGCGUGAGCCUUUAUUGAUGGCCUUGUCUUGGCCUCUGGCUGUCUCCUGUCUGCUUUGGUCAGACUUGCUUACUCUGUGGGCUUGACGGGACUGCUUAGGAAGAGUCUGGCAAGGCAGCAGCUGACGGGCGGAUCAUGGCCCCGGCCAGCUCCACGGGACUGCGGCUCUGUAACAUCAAGCUGUGGCUCCCUGGGGACCACCUGAGACCCCUGAGGUUUUUGUUCCGGGUUUGCAGCAGCAAAUGUGUGUGUGAUUCUUUGUUCAAACUGUUUACUACUUUGAAAUAGUUGAGCAAAGACCUAACUCUUUGAAGACAGAACCUUAUGGUCUUGCAAAUGGUUCCGAAGGAAGAUGGCUGCUGUACUGUAAACUACUGAUCAUGAAUGUUG